AUGGUUCAGCUAUCGUUCGCUACCCUCGCUGUCGUCGCCGGUGUGCUUGCUCAGACUGCGCUCGCCAUUCCUUCGGAGAAGCGUGCGGCCAGCUGCUCGUUCCCUAAUCCAUCCGCAUCUACCAACGUCAAGCUAUCUGAAGCUCGUACCAUCAAGGCUGGCGAAAGCUUUGACGGCAAGAACCUACGUUAUGGCCGAGGCGUCACAUGCGGCGGUCAGAAGGAAGGCGGUACCAAGGACGCCGUCUUCAUCCUCGAGUCUGGUGCCACUCUUGCUAACGCUGUGAUCGGCGCCGACCAGAACGAGGGAGUACACUGCCAGGGCCCUUGCACCAUCCGCAACGUCUGGUUCGAGGACGUAUGCGAGGAUGCCAUUACCAUCAGACAGAGCUCCGGCACGACCACCAUCACCGGCGGAGGCGCCAAGAGCGCGUCCGACAAGGUUGUCCAGCACAACGGCGGAGGUCUCGUCAAGAUCGACUCGUACUGCGUUCAGGACUUCGGCAAGCUCUACCGCUCAUGCGGUAACUGCAGCACUCAGGUCAAGCGCGAGGUGCAGAUCAGCAACAUAAUCGCUCGCAACGGCAAGCUGCUCGCCGGCGUGAACUCGAACUUCGGAGACGUGGCGACGAUCGACACCAAGACGAACUCGUACACCAGCCUGACAUCGGUGUGCGACACGUUCCAAGGCAACAACAAGGGCGACGAGCCCACGACGCUGACCAAGAAUACAGCGAACGCCAGCUGCAAGUUCUAA